AUCCAAAACAGUGAAUCUAAUCAUCAUUCAGGCAAAACUUUGCUUCAAGAAUGAGCCACACUGUCGUGAUCUAAUCGCUAACACACCCUGAGCACAUAUCUGCUCCUAACACACAGCAAUUUACAUUCAUUGAAUCUCCUCCCACAGCAAUUCAACUUGAGGGAAGCUCCUCCCACAGCAAUUCAUCAAUAAAUGCUGGAAAAUUCUCAUCAGUCUUCAAGUGAAGUAUAUAGAGUUCAUGAAAGAACACCGAGAGCAUGAGUGAUCUAGAACCCUGCAGAAUGGAACAAGAAGAUACUGAAGAACAAAGGAGACACACUGGAGAGAAGCCGCACACAUGCGAUCAGUGCGGGAAGAGCUUUGCACUAAAAGGAAGCCAUAAGAGACACAUGAAAAUCCACACUGGCGAGAAGCCACAAACAUGUGAUCGGUGCGGGAAGAGUUUUGCACUAAAAGGAAGCCAUAAGAGACACAUGAAAAUCCACACUGGCGAGAAGCCACAAACAUGUGAUCGGUGCGGGAAGAGCUUUGCACUAAAAGGAAGCCUUAGGAGACACAUGCAGAUCCACACUGGGAAGCCGCACACAUGUGAUCAGUGCGGGAAGAGUUUUGCAGCAAGUGAACACUUGAAGUGUCACAUGAGAAUCCACACUGGCGAGAAGCCACAAACAUGUGAUCAGUGCGGGAAGAGUUUUGCACUAAAAGGAAGCCAUAAGAGACACAUGAAAAUCCACACUGGCGAGAAGCCACAAACAUGUGAUCGGUGCGGGAAGAGCUUUGCACUAAAAGGAAACCUUAGGAGACACAUGCAGAUCCACACUGGAGAGAAGCCGCACACAUGUGAUCAGUGCGGGAAGAGUUUUGCAGCAAGUGAACACUUGAAGUGUCACAUGAGAAUCCACACUGGAGAGAAGCCACACACAUGUGAUCAGUGCGGGAAGAGUUUUGCACUAAAAGGAAGCCUUAGGUCUCACAUGAAAAUCCACACUGGAGAAAAGCCGUACACAUGCGAUCAAUGCGGGAAGACUUUUGCACUAAAAGGAGGCCUUAGGGUUCACAUGAAAAUCCACACUGGAGAAAAGCUGCACACCUGUGAUCAGUGUGGAAAGAGUUUCAGACAAAAAGGACAGCUUAACGUACACAUGAAAAUCCACACCGGAGAGAAGCCUUAUACAUGUAAUCAGUGCGGGAAGAGUUUUGCACAUGCCAUCUCUCUUAAAUUACAUCUGCGUUCUCACUCUGGAGAAAAAACAUUUUACUGUGAUCAGUGUGGAAAACUGUUUCUUUCAUCAGUACUCUUGAAGAGCCACCUGAAAGUUCACACAGAGGAGAAGCCUCACAUGUGUUCUUCGUGUGGAAAGUGUUUUAGGGAGCCGAGUGCUCUUAAAAUACACCUGAAAAGACACAGAGGUGUGAAGGAUCAAAUGUGCUUUGAUUGUGGGAAAACUUUUAUUACACACUCUGAACUGAAACUGCACCAGAUAAUUCACAGAGAAGAAAAACCUUACAAGUGUUCACAAUGUGACAAGAGAUUCAAACGGCCAGAAUAUCUGAGAUCACAUGAGAAGACCCACAGCGGAGAAAAACCUUACAAGUGUUCACACUGUGAAAAGAGUUACAUAAACAACCUAAGUCUUAAACUUCACCUGAGAGUUCAUAGUGCAGAGAAACCGCACACAUGUGAUCAGUGCGGGAAGUUUCUCACAAAAGGAAACCUUAAGGAACACAUGAAAGUCCACACCGGAGAGAAGCCGUACUCAUGUGAUCAAUGCGGGAAGAGUUUCACUCAAAACAAUGCCUUGAAGGAUCACAUGAGAAUCCACACCGGAGAGAAGCCUUUUAAAUGUGGUCAGUGCGGGAAGAGUUUUGCGUAUAAAAAAUGCACACUGAAAAUAACCCUUACUGGACACAUGAGGAUCCACACUGGAGAGAAGCCAUAUACUUGUGAUCAGUGUUGGAAGAGUUUUGCAAAUCUAAGCCAUUUUAAAACACAUCUGAAUUCUCAUUCUGGAGUAAAACCAUAUAUCUGUGAUCAGUGUGGAAAAAGCUUUUUGGCGGCAAAAUCCCUGAAGAACCAUCUGAAAGUUCAUACAAAGGAGGAACCUCACAUGUGUUCUUUGUGUGGAAAGAGUUUUGGUCAAAAUGUCGAACUCGAACUGCACCAGAGAAUUCACACUGGAGAAAAACCUUACAAGUGUUCACACUGUGACAAGAGAUUCAGUCGUUAUGGAUCUUGGAAAAGACAUGAGAGGACACACACUGGAGAGAAGCCGUAUCACUGCUCUUCAUGUGGGAAAAGUUUCACUCAAUCAUGUUCUCUACUCCGUCAUACAAAAAACACAUGUCUGAAAUCACAUUAAGUAGUUUAUGUUCAGGCCCUGAAGUUCAAGUGCAUUUGACACAAUAAUAUGUUGAGCAUUAGCAGCUCUACUCCAUAAAAUCUUCAAGUCUUAACCAGCAACAGUAAGCGACAGGACGAGGAAACAUCCAAAGUUAUUUUGCGAAUAAAGUUCAUCUUCAAAACAGUUUCAAGGUUGAGACUGAGAUUAACUCAAAUAUUGAGUUAUAUCUAAGAUUUUUUUCUUAUGUAUAUCAUAUGAUAUACAUGAAAUCAUUGAUUGUCAUUACUGAUUGUAUCAACCACCUUUUAUUGUGUUCUGAUUCCAUGGAGAUCCUAAAGGGGCAUGGUAUGAGAUGUGCUCGUGUUCGUUUCAGUAUACAGAGUGAGUACCUCCUAUGUAAAUGGAGUUAAUUUGGAGUUAAUUAAUAAA